UCAGAUAAAAAUGGUUGUGGUGAUGGGUCCAUUUUAACGUAAACGACUUUUCUUUUUGUUUUCUAUAUUUUAAAAAUUCAAAUAUAGGUGCCAGAAAGAAAGGGGCAAAGCUAAAAUCUUUCUCGAACUUCAUUAACAGCAAUCCCACUAUGUCCUUUUGUCUGUUUCACCGUUAAACACACCCCCAUGUCCUUCUUUGCCAGUUCUCAGUCUGUCUCAGCCUCUCUCUGUAAAACGUGUCUUUGUUCUCAAUUCUUGAGGGAUCACUGCUGUCCGACUCUAUUAGACUCUGCAAAUUCUUGAGGGUUGGGCUUAGGAACUGUUUUUGUUAGUCCGAGUUGAUCAUGAUUGGAUCACCCAGAGAAGCUAAGCUAGGCUUGUAAUUCAGACACCGUGUUCUGUUUUACAAACUGCUGCCAGUUUUCUGAUGGUACUGAGCAAUAAUAGGAAGUGAGAUAGAUACCUAUGAUUCAUAUCCUCGAACAUGUACUCUGGGUCACGAAUGAGUUGAUUUGUGGUGGAAGUUGUUUAUGCUGUAAAAGAAAGAAGCUUGGCCGGUAGCAUUGGCGGUAGCUAUACAAGAUGGAACAAAAGAAGUCUUUCCUUGAGGUUGUUAAUAGUGAGAAACAGAUGUUGACAUUGAUCUAUUUGAAGGGUAUUUUACAUGGUGAUGUUUGGGAGCUAUACAGCAAAAUUCGCACUGGAUAUGAGAAAAUACUCUUGAACAGCAAUCAGGUGGUUGAGCGUCAAGAAGUUGAGUAUCAUUUAUGGAAGCUACAUUAUGUGCUCAUAGAUGAAUUCCGUAAAAAGAUUAGGCAGCAGUCAGAAAAUAUAAGAAGAGAAAAUCCGUCUCACAGUAUCGAUUCCCGGAGCAACACUGUUAAAAGCUUGGAAGGAUUCAAGUCAUUCUUAUCUGAAGCAACUGAAUUCUAUGCAAAAUUGAUUGUAAAACUUAGGAAAAGUUGUGGGCUUCCUGCAGAAAUCUUCCUUGACAAUAAGAACCAAAGCUCAUUUUUUACCAAGCAAACAGAGCUGCAUGCAUGCCAGCAUACAUGCCAUCGCCUCUUAAUUUGUCUGGGGGAUCUUGCUAGAUAUACUGAAAUUGCCAAGCAACCUGAUGUCUCUGAGUGGUCAACUGCAGCCACCUACUACCUAGAAGCAACCAGAACUUGGCCAGAUAGUGGAAAUCCCCAUAAUCAGUUGGCUUUAUUGGCAACAUAUGUUGGUGAUCCUUUCCUUGCAUUGUACCAUUGUGUAAGGAGUCUGGCGGUGAAGGAGCCUUUUCCUGAUGCCUGGAGAAACAUUAUGUUACUCUUCGAAGAGAACAGGUCUGCCAAGUUGCAAUCGCUUUCUAGUCAAAUGCAGCUUGACUUCUUAAACCCUUCCAAAAGAAGUUACUUGCAGAAUACAGAUCAUGAAGAGAAUGGCUCUCAGCAGGACAGCAUAUCAGAAGACGUGGAGAAUGUUUGUCCUGAAAAGUUCCACUUAUGGCCCAUCCUUGUCAGAACUGUAGGCUACCUUUUAACUGGAUCCAGUUUGGAGGAAUUUCCCUACCCCCUUGCUUCAGCCUUGCACAGUUUAGAAUCUCUGCUGGCAAUGGAUGAUACAAGACUUGGUCUCACUUUGGAGUCUUACCAAAAAAUGGAUUCAUCUAGAAGAGGCCCUUACCAUGCUAUUCAGCUUGUUUCGAUGUUCAUCUUUGUUGUUCAUAGCCUGACGGAGAGCCAAGAAAGAGAGGAAUCAAAAGAAAAAGAUGAUCAGAAGCAUCCUGCAUUGACACCGUUGGCAUUUGCUGCCAUAUUUAUUUGCAUGGGUCGCCUUACAGAACGAUGCCUGAGGGGAAUUAAUGGAGGUACCUGCCCACUUUUACCAGCUGUGCUAGUCUUUUUGGAGUGGUUAGUGGGAGCACUUGAUACAGUUGAAGCAUAUGAUGCUGAUGAAAAGGUUGUGCAUGCUUUGUCUUACUAUUUUGGUGCUUUGGCUGGUCUCUUGGACCGAAUCGAGCAAAAUGGGAAGAAAACUCCUCUAGAUCAUACUGCUCUUUGGGAAGAUCAUGAGUUGAGGGGUUUCUAUCCAUUAGCACGUGUUCAUGAAAUGCUGGAUUUCACGUCUCAUAUGGAGUGCAUGGACAACUACAGUAUUAGAAAUCAGUGUCGUUCUCAGCGCAUAUAUCAUGCUGCAACAAGAAUUAUGGACAUGUCGAAAAGUUCUUGGGAACAGAUCUCUUAUGGUAAAGUGGGAAGAGUUUUUAACUCUGUAAAGACGACAGAAUUUCUGGACCAGGAUGCCGAAAAUGCAGCAUCUGUUUCAAGUCAUGAAGUAAAAGAGCCUGAUGCGAAGGCUGAUGGAUCUCCAAGAAACAAGGGUAAACCUAUGUCUGAGGAAAUUGAAUCUUGCUCUGAUCAGAAAACCCAACAUACGAUGGAAGAGGAAGAAGUGAUUCUCUUCAAGCCCAUAACGAGACGUAACUCGGCGCCACUUUAUAUUUCUAAACCUGCGAAGGAUCCAGUUUGUCCUGAAGGCACAGAGAUACAAACGACACUUGCUGAUGAAUGGUUGCGACGUGCCACAUCAUUGUCAUCUGGUCAGAAUACGGAAGAUACUGAUUCUUUCAGUUUUUGCUCAACUACAUCUAAUUCUGGGCACAAAAGGUCAUUCAAGCAGAAGGAACCUCUAGUGAAGGAUUCAACCACACACCCCACAGGACCUCCCUCCCUCAGUGCUUGGGUCCUCAGUAGAGGAAGUUCAAACAUUGAACGAGAUAAAGGGCUGAACGAUUUUGAUAAGCUAAAGCUAAGCCCUAUCGAUGAAAUGGCUUCUACAUCCUUCUCUGAUCUCUCUAUUAAUGACACCACAGGCUCCGGUGUAGGAAUGGGCCACAUUUCAACAAUAAUUCACAGCUCUUCUCCGUGUGUUACUCCAACACCUUCAGCCCCCUUGUUACCUGAUGAUGCUGCUUGGAUGAGGGAAAAUUCAUUAAUUUCACCAGAGUACAAGACUGCUACUGGGAAUGAGGCAGAUGGUAUCCUAGGGGCACCACCAAUUGGCGGCUACAUAGGCCGGUCUACUGUUCGUCCACCUGUAGGUUUUGUCCCUGGACUGUCAGGUCUUGUUGAUGGAUACCCUCCAUAUCUUGGGAUGAGUUCUUCUGAAUGGCUUUAUCACUAUAGAAACAGUCAGAAUAUGCCCGUCAAUCACUUAUCUCCAAUCCAUUACAGUGCUCCUGCCUUUGGAAAUUUUCACCCCCACGAGCUUUCCAGCUUUGAUCUAUGUGAUCAAUGGGGAAACCAUUUGGUAUCAAGUCCUAUGCUUUACUUUGGAAGUCCACAAAUCUAUCCAGAAUCUCCUCUCGUUUAUGGAGCAGAAGAGCAAAAGAGGGAUAAGUUCUUCCUUGGUUAUCAAAGACCAUUUCCUUAUGUAUGCGGCAUUGGUAGGGAACUGAGCUCUGAACAGCCACCUCUGCUGCAGCAUCUUAAAGAGAAAGAAAGACAACUGCAGCCAGGCUCACAGCUAAGGGGUCCUACUUUCAUGGGAAACUGAGUUAACUAUAUCUAGUAUUUAAUACUUGAAAUAUGCAUACACAGCUAAAUCUGUCUUCAUGUAACCUGUUAACACACGUCUCUUGUUCCAAAUGUUGAUAUUACACAAGUCAUUUUAUGCAUGCUGAUUUUCAUGCAGUACUGCAUUCUCUUGGAGGGUUUUCCAGGGAUUCUUCCUGCUAUGUUGCUUUAGUUUUCUCUUAAAUAUAUUUUGUGAAUU